CGCACCAUCCGAGCAACAGCAGGGUCAGUCCAGACGAUAUUUCACAAAGUUGCUCCAUGUUAUUAUUAAAAUCAGUUACAUGACACGGUAUAUAUUUAUACGACGAACAGAACUCGAGAGGUGGUAGUUGUUAAGGAGAAUCACUAUCGCGUCUCUCUGUCACAUACUCACGCGCGUCCCUUUAUGAGUUCAGUUAGCAUAGUGCCGCGCGCUCAUCUCUAAAUGAGUGUUUUUAAUUCAGCACCGUGACAGAGACAACGGCAACACCAUCCUCUUCUCCCACCCUCCCGUCUUCACUACACCUACUCUGCUUUCUCGCUUUCCGCCUGAUCGUGUUUGAGAGAGAGUACGGGAGCUCAUCGUUGUUAUUUCACCCCUAAAUCUGUGCCUCUGGGCCCCGAUGUGGCCGUGCGGAGGUUUGGAACAGUGGACAGGCAAAACACUGAGAGCUCUGUGACCCUGACUUGAGCACGUACGCAGAGAGAGACAGAGAGGGGGGGAGAGAGACCGACACUCCCAGAUUUAGCAGAACCUGAUAGCCAGCCUGUUGCCAUGUCGACAUCAUCAUUGCGGCGGCAAGUGAAGAACAUUGUUCACAAUUACUCUGAGGCGGAGAUAAAGGUUAGGGAAGCAACAUCUAAUGACCCAUGGGGUCCCUCUAGCUCUCUGAUGUCAGAGAUUGCGGACCUGACAUACAAUGUAGUGGCCUUCUCAGAGAUCAUGAGCAUGGUCUGGAAAAGACUCAACGACCAUGGCAAGAACUGGAGACAUGUAUAUAAAGCUAUGACUCUAAUGGAGUAUCUGAUAAAGACGGGUUCAGAGCGAGUGGCACAGCAAUGCAGGGAAAACAUCUACGCUGUUCAAACACUCAAAGACUUCCAGUACAUAGAUAGAGAUGGCAAGGACCAGGGUGUGAAUGUACGGGAAAAGGCCAAGCAGCUGGUGACUCUGCUAAAAGACGAGGAGAGGCUACGAGAGGAGAGGAUCCAUGCACUCAAGACCAAAGAGAAGAUGGCACAGACCAGCAGUGCCUCUUCGGCCCCUUCUGCUCCUGCUAUAGGGGGAGGACUGCACUCGGGAGCAGAUGCUGAGCAGGCAUGGCCCCAGAGCUCAGGAGAAGAGGACCUGCAGCUCCAGUUGGCACUUGCUAUGAGCAAGGAGGAGGCGGAGCAGACUAGCACUGACCCUCUGGAAGAUGCAGAGCUCCGCUACGCACUCACAGUCAGCAAGGAGAUUCACCAAAAGGAGGAGCGUCUGCGCAGGGGGGACGACCUGAGGCUGCAGAUGGCCAUCGAGGAGAGUAAGAGGGAGAAAGCCAAGCCCGAGGAGUCGUCUCUGAUGGAGUUGAGUGCGGUAGAUCCUUGGGGGGCCCCUGCAACAGGCUCUGCGGGACCCUCUCCUCCUCCCGCUCUGGCUCCUGCACCAACAGCUGGGCCCUGGGGCCCAGCUGACCCAUGGGGAGCCGUCUCCCCUGCCACUCCGCCAAGUGCUGACCCCUGGCAUGGAGCACCACCAACAGUAGCCCCAGACCUGUGGGGUGACACUUCAUCUGGAGUGAAUUCUGACCCCUGGGCAUCUACAGCUGUGACCCCUCCAAGUGCCGACCCUUGGGCUUCCUCAGUGGCUAUUGCCCCCAUCCCACUCUCAGGGUCUUCUGAUCCCUGGGCAGCAGAUGGAGCCGCCCCUGCCACUGAUGGUUUGACGUCUGACCCCUGGAGUGGCUCAGUUAAACAGACUAAUGGCACAGCAGAUCCAGAGAGAAGAAGCUCCUCAGUGACUGGUGAUGCAAGUGGUGGAGGGAGCACAGGCUCUCCAGUGCCCUUUGACCUUUCACCACUCGGCUCCUCGCUGCCUGUUCGAAAAACGCCAGAAUCAUUCUUGGGUCCCAACGCAGCGCUUGUGGAUCUGGACUCAUUAGUAUCAUCAAAACCCAAACCAAAACAACCACCACCACCAAGCAUCUCCUCUGCAUCUCACAACCCCUUCCUACAGACACAGGGCCCUUCUUCAUCAGGUAUGGGUGUUACACAGGGAAGUACAAUUUCCAGUCGAGGGGUAUCUCCAACACCACCUUCAACUUCUAAUCCAUUUGGCGCAAACCCAAUGGCAUCUAUCUCCCCUCAACCUUCUUCACUUGGUCUGAGCCAGCUCCGUACAAGCCCUGUUCCCCCAAAUCCUAUGUUGGGUCACAUGCCUCCACCAACAGUGGGAAUGGUUCAGCCAGGGAUGGGCAUGCCAGGAAUGGGGGUCCCUAUGGCGGCCCCUGGUAUGGGCAUGGGAAUGGUACAGUCCAGUCCAAUGGGCAUGCCUUUCAGUGGAAUAUCCCCCAUGGGUCCAGCAGGAAACCCCUUGUUGAUGGGCCCGGGAGGCUCUGCGCCUCCUGCGCUAAUUUUGGGUGGGUCAACAGGGGUGGGUGGAGUAAUGGGAACAGGGGGAUCUGUGGGAGGCGGAGCGACAGGCACAAGCACCAACCCUUUCCUCCUUUGAGAUUUUUCACCGAUCCCAUGUGCCCUGUCCAAUCAACAACAAAUCCAAACCUGCUCUCCCAACACAAGUAGUUUGUGUUUGAAAAAAAGAAAUGUGUACAUCUCUAUAUUUAAUGAAAAAAAUAGUAAAAAACAUUUUUUUUUUUUUUUUUCACAAAAAAGCAUUUCAGUUUUUUUUUCCAUUUUAUUUUACACAGUAUUUGAGGUAUAUUUAUUUCCCUUUUCAAUUUAUAUUAUAUUUGUUUUCAGAUACAAGCAUGGAUGAUUGGCAGGGGUCAUUCAGUGAAUGCAGGCUGUUCAUAUUGUUAUAUUAGGAUGAUUGCUAUUGCUCAAAAAAAGAAAGAUGAAGAAAGUUGGAGGGAAAAAACAAGCCACUAAUGAACUGAUCUCAGUGAAUCAUACACAUCUUUCUCCCCAUUUCAUUGAUGGUUGAAGAAAAGAGCCGGUGAACUUCUGAUGAAAGAGUGCAUGAAGGAUGACCGUGGGACAGGUUCACUCUGAGAGGACUGAGAAGAAUUCAACUCUCCAUUUCAUUCACAACUCUAGUAAAAAUCAUUGAAUAGUUGUAUUUUAAUUUAAUGUUUAAUCUUGUGUAAUUUAUUUUUAUCUUAUGUCUCUGACUCCUGGGAACAAUUAAACCAAGGAAAAUUGCACUGGAAAUUGCCAUUAAAAGAGAUGCCUGCUUGGUCUCCUUGAACCUGCGAAAUUUCAGUCUUAUACACUUGUGAGUUGCUAAAGGGGGCUGUAUGUGUGUGUUUGAGCAUGCAUGUCUGUAUGUUGUGGAGGGAGUCAGUGUGUGUAUGAUGACUUGUCCAGUCUUUUCACUCAGCUCACUGCUGUGCUUUUGUUGGGGUUUUAGCAGCACAGUCUCAUAACAUAACUGGGCCCAUCUUUUGUUAUAAGGGUCCUUUAUUUUCAAUUAUUUAUUUUUGCAGUUUUCU